GCUGAAGACCGUGGAGGUGGUGCUGCGCAGCAGCGGCGACGCCGAGGAGACGCUGCGCCGCUACGAGGAGGCGCUGACGGCCGCUCCGACGGUGCCGCGCGACCUCGCCGAGCUCCGCGACGCCACCGCCGCCCUGCAGCGCCUGCGCGCGCAGACCGACGGACACCGCCCGCUCUUCGCCGCGCUGGCGGCGGCGCUGGAGGCGUCGGACGCCGUCGACGAGCGGCUGUUGCGCGGCCACGGCGAGCGCGACGUCGACCUGGAGCAGUGCCGGCAGCGCGGGCGGCGGCUGCGGCAGCGCUGGGAGGCGGCGGUGGCGCAGGUGGAGCUGCGGCUGCGCCACCUCGAGGCGCUGGGACGGCACCUGCGCAGCUACCGCCAGAGCUGCGACGCCCUGCGGCGAUGGAGCGACGACGCCCGGCAGCGCCAGCAGCGCAUCCACGCCCAGCGCAUCGCCGACAGCCGCAGCGCGCGGCAGCAGCUGCUGCAGGAGAAGGAACUGCUGUCGGAAUGCGAAGGGCACAAAGAGGCCGUGGACGAAUGUCAGCGCUUCGCCAGACACUACAUCGACGCCAUUAAGGACUAUGAGCUGCAGCUGAUGAGCUUCGAGGCGCAGGUGGAGCCGCCGGCGUCGCCGCCCAAGAAGCCGAAGGUGCAGUCGGCGUCCGACAGCGUCAUCCAGGAGUACGUGGAGGUGCGGACGCGGUACAGCGAACUCAGCGCCCUCAGCGCCCAACGCAUCCAAUUCAUCGCCGAGACGCUGCGGCGCAUGGACGACGAGGAGAAAGCUGCGGCGGAGCAGAAGGCGGCGGAGCAGCAGCGCUUGGCCGAGGUGGAGGCGCAGCUGGCGGCGCAGCGGCAGUUGGCGGAGGCGCACGCCCGGGCGAAGGCGGAGGCGGAGGCGGAGGCGCGGGAGCUGCAGCGGCGCAUGGAGGAGGAGGCGUCGCGGCGGGAGGCGGCGGCGGUGGACGCGGAGCAGCAGAAGCAGCAGAUCGAGCAGGAGCUGCAGGAGCUGCGGCGCAGCUCGGAGCGGCAGCGGGAGGCGCGCGCCACGCAGGCGGAGGCGGCCGAGCUGAGCCGCAGGAAGGUGGAGGAGGAGAUCGGCGCCAUCCGCCUGCAGCUGCGCAGCACCGAGGCGCAGCGCGGCGCCGCCGAGGCCGAGCUGCAGCAGCUGCGGGCGCGCGCCGAGGAGGCCGAGCGGCAGAAGCGCGCGGCGCAGGAGGAGGCGGAGCGGCUGCGGCGGCAGGUGAGCGACGAGAGCCAGCGGAAGCGCCAGGCCGAGGAGGAGCUGCGGCAGAAGGUGCAGGCGGAGCGCGAGGCGGCGCGCGAGAAGCAGGCGGCCCUGGCGCAGCUGGAGGCGCUGCGGCUGCAGGCGGAGGAGGCCGAGCGGCGGCUGCGGCAGGCCGAGGCCGAGCAGGAGCGGCAGCUGCGCCUGGCGCAGGAGGCGGCGCAGCGCAGCGCCGAGGCCGAGCUGCAGAGCAAGCGGCUGUCGCUGGCCGAGAAGGCGGCGCAGCUGGAGCGCUCGCUGCAGGAGGAGCAGCAGGCCGUGGCGCAGCUGCAGGAGGAGGCCGAGCGGCGGGCGCGGCUGCAGCGCGAGGCCGAGGGCGGGCGGGACGAGGCCGAGAAGGAGCUGGAGCGCUGGCGGCAGAAGGCCAACGAGGCGCUGCGCCUGCGGCUGCGCGCCGAGGAGGUGGCGCAGCAGAAGGCGUUGGCGCAGGAGGAGGCCGAGCGGCAGAAGGAGGACGCCGAGCGCCAGGCCCGCAAGCGCGCCAAGGCCGAGGAGGCGGCGCUGCGGCAGAAGGAGGCGGCCGAGCGGCAGCUGGAGGCGCAGCGGGAGGCGGCGGAGGCGGCGGCGCAGCAGAAGCUGUGGGCCGAGCAGGAGCUGAUCCGGCUGAAGGCGGAGCUGGAGAACGGCGAGCAGCAGCGGCUGCUGCUGGAGGAGGAGCUGCGGCGCCUGCAGGCGCAGGCGGGCGAGGCGGCGCGGCGGCGCGAGGAGCUGGAGCGGGAGCUGGCGCAGCUGCGCGCCGAGGUGGAGCUGCUGCAGCGCAGCAAAGCGCGCGCCGAGGAGGAGUCGCGCAGCAGCAGCGAGAGCUCCAAGCAGCGCCUGGAGGCCGAGGCCGCCAAGCUGCGCCGCCUGGCCGAGGAGGCCGCCCGCCUCCGCGCCCUCGCCGACGAGGCCCAACGGCAGCGGCAGGCGGCCGAGGACGAGGCCGGGCGGCGGCGCGACGAGGCCGAGCGCGUCCUGCAGGAGAAGCUGGCGGCCGUCAGCGAGGCCUCGCGGCUGAAGGCCGAGGCCGAGAUCGCCCUCAAGGAGAAGGAGGCGGAGAACGAGCGGCUGCGGCGCCUGGCGGAGGACGAGGCCUUCCGGCGGCGGCAGCUGGAGGAGCAGGCGGCGCAGCACAAGGCCGACAUCGAGGAGCGCAUUGCGCAGCUGCAGCGCGCCUCCGACGGCGAGCUGCAGCGCCAGAAGGCGGUGGCUGAGGAGGCGCUGCGGCAGCGGCGCAGCGUGGAGGAGGAGAUCGGCGCCCUCAAGCUCGGCUUCGAGAAGGCGGCGGCGGGCAAGGGCGAGCUGGAGCGCGAGCUGGGCCGCCUGCGCGCCGAGGCCGAGGAGGCGCAGCGCUGCCGGCUGCAGGCGGAGCGCGAGGCCGAGCGGCAGCGGGCGCAGGCGCUGCAGGAGGAGGGGCGGCGGCGCGAGGCCGAGGAGCGGCUGCAGGCCGUCCUGGCCGCCGAGGAGGAGGCGGCGCGGCAGCGGCGGGCGGCGCUCGGCGAGGUGGAGCGGCUGCAGGCGGCGGCGGAGGAGGCGCGGCGGCAGAAGGAGGCGGCCGAGCAGGAGGCGGAGCGGCAGGUGCAGGCGGCGCGCGAGGCGGCGCAGAAGCGCCUGGAGGCCGAGGAGAGGGCGCACGCGGCCGCCGUGCAGGAGAAGGAGCGGGAGCUGCAGCAGACGCGGCAGCAGGAGCAGAGCGCGCUGGAGCGGCUGCGCCAGGAGGCCGAGGGCGCCCGGCGCGCCGCCGACGAGGCCGAGGCCGCGCGCGCCAAAGCCGAGCGGGAGGCGCGGCUGUCGCGGCAGCGCGUGGAGGAGGCCGAGCGGCUGCGGGAGCGCGCCGAGGAGGAGGCGCAGGCCAAGGCGCGGGCGCAGGCCGAGGCCGAGAAGCUGCGUCGGGAGGCGGAGCUGGAGGCGGCGGCGCGGGCGCAGGCCGAGGAGGCGGCGCUGCGGCAGAAGGGCCUCGCCGACGCCGAGAUGGAGAAGCACAAGAAGUUCGCCGAGCAGACGCUGCGGCAGAAGGCGCAGGUGGAGCAGGAGCUGGCGCGGCUGCGGCUGCAGCUCGAGCAGACCGACCGCCAGAAGGCCCUCCUGGACGAGGAGCUGCGGCGCCGCAAGGAGGAGGCGGCCGAGGCGGCGCGGCAGAGGGCGCAGGGCGAGGAGGAGCUGCUGCGCCUGCGCGCGCAGCUGGAGGAGCUCGCCCGCCUCAAGGCCCGCAUCGAGGACGAGAACAAAGCGCUGGUGCUGCGCGGGCAGGACGACGCGCAGAAGCUGUUGGCCGAGGAGGCCGAGAAGAUGCGGCAGGUGGCCGAGGAGGUGGCGCGCCUCGGCCUGGAGGCGGCCGAGGCGGCGCGGCUGCGGCAGCUGGCCGAGGACGACCUGGCGCAGCAGCGGGCGGCCGCCGACGCCAUGCUGCGCGAGAAGCUGCAGGCGGUGCAGGAGGCGGCGCGGCUGCGGGCCGAGGCGGAGCUGCUGCAGAAGCAGAAGGCGCAGGCGCAGGAGCAGGCCGAGCGCCUGCGCGACGACAAAGAGCAGAUGCGGCGACGCCUCGACCGCGAGACCGAGGGCUUCCAGCGCGCCCUCGAGGCCGAGCGGCGGCGGCAGCUGGAGAUGACCGCCGAGGCCGAGGGCCUCAAGCUGCGCGUGGCCGAGCUGAGCGCCGCCCAGGCCAAGGCCGAGGAGGAGGCCGAGCGCUUCCGGCUGCAGGCGCAGGAGAUCAGCGGCCGCCUGCACCAGACCGAGAUGGCCACGCAGGAGAAGAUGACGCUGGUGCACACCCUCGAGCUCCAGCGGCACCGCAGCGACGAGGACGCCGAGAAGCUGCGGGCGGCCAUCGCCGAGCUGCAGCGCGAGAAGGAGAAGCUGCAGCGGGAGGCGGCGGCGCUGCAGCAGAAGGCCGAGGAGAUGCAGGAGGCGCAGCAGGCGCAGCUGCGGCAGGAGGCGCAGCAGCUGCAGGAGAGCUUCGUGACGGAGAAGGAGGCGCUGCUGCAGAAGGAGCGGUCGGUGGAGGAGGAGAAGGCCAAGCUGGAGCGGCUCUUCGAGGCCGAGGUGGCCAAAGCGCAGGGCCUGCGGGCGCAGCAGGAGCGGCAGCAGCGGGAGAUGGAGGAGGAGAAGCGGCGGCUGCAGGCCAUGCUGGACGAGGCGCAGCGGCAGCAGCGCGAGGCCGAGGACAGCGUGCGGCAGCAGCGGGACGAGCUGCAGCGCCUCGAGGCGCAGCGGCGGCAGACGGAGGCCCUCCUGGAGGAGGAGAACCAGAAGCUGCGCCAGCGGCUGCAGCGGCUGCAGGAUGACUACAGAGCCGCUCUGGCGCAGACGCGGGAGAUCAUGAUCCAAACCGACGAUCUGCCCGAAGCGGCGGCGGUUGCGGCGAUGGCGGGUGACGCCGGAGCGGUGCCCAACGGCCGGGACGCGGCGGACGGUCCGUCGCAUAACGGCGAGGAGCACGCGUUCCUCUUCGAGGGGCUGCGGCAGAAGGUGUCUGCGGCGCAGCUCGCCGCCGCCGGCGUCCUCAGCAGGGAGAGCGUGGAGCGCUUGGCCGAGGGCGCGGUGAGCGUCGGCGAAUUGGCGCAGAGGGACGAUGUCCGGCGGUACCUGCGCGGCGGCGGCUGCAUCGCGGGGCUCCUGCUGCAGCCCGCCGGCCGCAAGGUGAGCAUCUACGAGGCCAUGAAGGCGCAGCUGCUCAGCGCCGGCGCCGCCGCCGCCCUCCUGGAAGCGCAGGCGGCCUCGGGCUUCGUCGUCGACCCCGCGCGCAACGCCGCGCUCUCCGUCAGCGAAGCGGUGAGGGAGGGCGUGGUGGGGCCGGAGCUGCACGGCGAGCUGCUGGCGGCCGAGAGGGCCGUCACCGGCUACACCGACCCCUACACCGGCGAGAAGAUCUCCCUCUUCCAAGCCAUGAAGAAGGAACUCAUCGGCGAGGAGCGUGGCCGCCGCCUCCUGGAGGUGCAGAUCGCCACCGGCGGCGUCAUCGACCCCGUCCACAGCCACCGCCUCCCCCUGGAAGCGGCCUACGAGCGCGGCUGCUUGGACGAGGAGACGCACCGGGUGUUGACGGACCCCGGCGCCGCCGCCACCAAGGGCUUCUCGGACCCCAGCACGCAGGAGAGGCUGAGCUACGCGCAGCUGCUGCAGCGCUGCGUCACCGAGGAGGCCACGGGGCUGCGGCUGCUGCCGCUCAGCGAGAGCGCGGCCGACGCCGCCCAACGGCUGCUCGAUGGCGGCACCGCCGAAGCCGAGGACGUCUUCAAGAAGGCGACGGUGACGGCGCCCUUCGGCCAAUUCCGAGGGAAGACGGUGACCAUCUGGGAGGUGAUCAACUCCGAGUACUUCACGGAGGAGCAGAGGCGCGACCUCCUCCAGCAGUACCGCAGCGGCAAAGUGACGGUGGAGAAGGUGAUCCGCAUCAUCAUCACGGUGGUGGAGGAGAGCGAGCGGAAGCGGCAGCUGUGCUUCGCGGGGCUGCGGGCGCCGGUGGCGGCCGACGAGCUGUUGGCCUGCGGCGUCCUCGACCGCGGCCUCUACGAGGAGCUGCGCCGCGGCGAGAAGGCGGUGAAGGACGUGGCCGAGACGGAGGCGGUGCGGCCGUUCCUGAGGGGCUCCGACGCCGUCAUCGCCGGCGUCCUGGUGGAGUCGAGCGGCGAGAAGCUCACCUUCUACGAGGCCCUGAGGAGGAACCUCCUGAGGCCCGAGGUGGCCGUGGCCCUCCUGGAGGCGCAGGCGGCCGCCGGCUUCAUCGUCGACCCCGUGAGGAACGAACUCUUCUCGGUGGACGAAGCGGUGAAGGCGGCGGUGGUGGGGCCGGAGCUGCACGAGAAGCUGCUGUCGGCCGAGAGGGCGGUGACGGGCUACAAGGACCCCUACACCGGGCAGACGGUGUCGCUCUUCCAGGCCCUGCGCAAGGGCCUCCUCCCCAGCGGCACCGCCCUCCGCUUGCUGAGCGUCCAAUUGGCCACGGGUGGCAUCGUCGACCCCGUCCACAGCCACCGCCUCCCGCUCGCCGCGGCCUACGAGCGCGGCCAUUUGGACCCCGAGAUGAAGGAGGCUCUGUCGGAGCCCGGGGAGGACACCGAGGCCUUCUACUGCCCCAACAGCCGCGAGCGCCUCAGCUACGCGCGGCUGCAGGAGAAGUGCCGCCGCGACGAGCGGACGGGGCUGCGGCUGCUGCCGCUGUCGGACGGCGCCAUCCGGGCGCAGCGCGAGGAGCUCUACAGCGACGGCCAAGCCCAGGAGCGCUUGGACAGAGCCACCGUGGAGGUGCCGGUGGGCGGCUGGAAGGGGCGGACGGUGACCGUCUGGGAGCUGCUCCGCUCCGAGUACUUCACGGAGGAGCAGCGGCGCGAACUCCUGCGGCAGUUCCAGAGCGGCAAAGUCACCGUGGAGAAGGUCAUCAAGAUCGUCAUCACCAUCGUGGAGGAGGCGGAGGCCAAGAAGCAGGAGAAGCUGACCUUCAGCGGGCUGCGGGCGCCGGUGCCCGCCGGCGAGCUGCUGGCCUCGCGCGUCCUCAGCCCCGCGCAGUACGAGCAGCUGACGGAGGGCACGAAGACGGUGAAGGAGCUCGCCGAGACGCCGGCGGUGAGGGCCUUCCUCCACGGCGGCGACUGCAUCGCCGGCGUCUACGUGGAGGCCACCAAGGAGAAGCUGAACAUCUACGAGGCCAUGAGGAGGGAGCUGCUGCGGCCCGAGGUGGCCGUGGCCCUCCUGGAGGCGCAGGCGGCCACCGGCUUCUUGGUGGACGCCGUGAAGAACCGCAAGCUCUACGUCAACGAAGCGGUGAAGGGCGGCGUGGUGGGGCCGGAGCUGCACGAGAAGCUGCUGUCGGCCGAGAAGGCCGUCACGGGCUACAAGGACCCCUAUUCCGGCGACACCGUCUCCCUCUUCCAGGCCAUGAAGAAGGGUUUGGUGGCGCAGGAGCACGGCCGCCGCCUCCUGGAGGCGCAGCUCGCCACCGGCGGCAUCGUCGACCCCGUCCACAGCCACCGCCUCCCGCUCGCGGUGGCCUACGAGCGCGGCUGCUUGGACGAGGAGAUGCACCGCAGCCUCUCGGAGCCCGGCGCCGCCGCCGCGGCCUUCUCGGAGCCCAGCACGCAGGAGAAGCUGAGCUACGCGCGGCUGAAGGAGCGCUGCGUGGAGGACCCCGAGACGGGGCUCCUCCUGCUGCCGCUGCGCCAGGCGCCGGCGCUGGUGGAGACCACCGAGGUCUACACGGAGGAGGAGACGCGCAAAGCGUUGGAGGAGACGCGGGUGGACAUCCCGGCGGGCAGCCGGGCCGGCUCCUCCAUGUCGCUGUGGGAGAUCCUGCAGUCGGAUCUGCUGCCCGAGGAGCAGCGCAAGCGGCUGACGGAGGAGUUCCGCUCGGGCCGCGUCUCCAAGGAGCGCCUCAUCAUCAUCAUCGUCGAGAUCAUCGAGAAGACCGAGAUCAUCCGGCAGCAGAACCUCACCUCCUACGACUACGUCCGGCGCCGCAUCACGGCCGAGGACCUCUACGAGGCCAAGAUCAUCUCCUUGGACGUCUACAACCUCCUCAAAGAGGGCGCCAAGACCUUCCGCGAGCUCCUGGACGUGGAGGCCGUCUGGAAGUACCUCUACGGGUCGGGCUGCGUGGCCGGCAUCUUCCUCCCGGCCUCCAAGCAGAAGCUGAGCGUCUACCAAGCGCUGAAGAAGGGGUUGAUCGGCGCCGAGGCGGCGCGGUCCCUCCUGGAGGCCCAGGCGGCCACGGGCUUCGUCAUCGACCCCGUGAAGAACGAGAUGCUGACGGUGGACGAGGCGGUGAGGAAAGGCGUGGUGGGACCCGAGAUGCACGACCGCCUCCUGUCGGCCGAGAGGGCGGUGACGGGGUACCGGGACCCCUACAGCGAGCAGAAGAUCUCCGUCUUCCAAGCCAUGAAGAAGGAGCUCAUUCCCAGCGAGGAGGCCCUCAAGCUCCUGGACGCCCAGAUGGCCACCGGCGGCGUGGUGGACCCGCGCUUGGGCUUCCACCUGCCCUUGGAGGUGGCCUUCCAGCGGGGCCUCCUGGACAGGGAGACGCAGGCGGCGCUGUCGGAGCCCAGCGAGGUGCGCGCCUACGUGGACCCCUCGACGGAGGAGAAGCUGAGCUACGCGCAGCUGCUGAAGCGGUGCCGCAAGGACGAGGCCAGCGGGCUCCUCCUGCUGCCGCUGGGCGACGCGCGCGGGCUGACCUUCCGCGGCCUGCGCAAGCAGAUCACCGUCGAGGAGCUGCUGCGCUCGCAGGUGAUGGAUGAGGCCACCGCCCGACGCCUCCAGGAGGGCCUCACCUCCGUCGAGGAGGUCUCCAAGAACCUCCAGAAGUUCCUGGAGGGCACCAGCUGCAUCGCCGGCGUCUUCGUGGACUCCACCAAAGAGCGGCUGUCCGUCUACCAGGCCAUGAAGAAGGGCAUCAUCCGGCCCGGCACCGCCUUCGAGCUGCUGGAGGCGCAGGCGGCCACGGGCUACGUCAUCGACCCCAUCAAAGGCCUCAAGCUGACGGUGGAGGAGGCCGUGCGCAUGGGCAUCGUGGGGCCCGAGUUCAAGGACAAACUGCUCUCCGCCGAGAGGGCCGUCACCGGCUACCGCGACCCCUACUCCGGCAAACUCAUCUCCCUCUUCCAAGCCAUGAAGAAGGGGUUGAUCCUCAAGGACCACGGCAUCCGCCUCCUGGAGGCCCAGAUCGCCACGGGCGGCAUCAUCGACCCCGAGGAGAGCCACCGGCUGCCGGUGGAGGUGGCCUACAAGAGGGGCCUCUUCGACGAGGAGAUGAACGAGAUCCUGCUGGACCCCAGCGACGACACCAAGGGCUUCUUCGACCCCAACACGGAGGAGAACCUCACCUACCUGCAGCUGAUGGAGCGCUGCGUCACCGACCCGGAGACCGGGCUGUGCCUUCUGCCCCUCAAGGAGAAGAAACGCGAGAGGAAGACGUCGUCCAAGUCGUCCGUCCGCAAGCGCAGGGUGGUCAUCGUCGACCCGGAGACGGGUAAGGAGAUGUCGGUCUACGAGGCGUAUCGCAAGGGCCUCAUCGACCACCAGACCUACCUGGAGCUGUCGGAGCAGGAGUGCGAGUGGGAGGAGAUCACCACCUCCUCCUCGGACGGCGUCGUCAAGUCCAUGAUCAUCGACCGCCGCUCGGGCCGCCAGUACGACAUCGACGACGCCAUCGGCAAAGGCCUCAUCGACCAAUCGGCGCUCGACCAGUACCGCUCGGGCGCGCUCUCCAUCACCGAGUUCGCCGACAUGCUCUCGGGCAACGCCGGCGGCUUCCGCUCGCGCUCGUCCUCCGUGGGCUCCUCCUCCUCCUCGGCCUACAGCGUCGGCCCCACGCCCGCCCGCCCCCACCUCUCUGCCUGGAGCGACCCCAGCGAGGAGACGGGGCCGGUGGCCGGCAUCCUCGACACCGACACCCUGGAGAAGGUGUCCAUCACCGAAGCCAUGCGCCGCAACCUGGUGGACAACAUCACCGGGCAGCGGCUGCUGGAGGCGCAGGCCUGCACCGGCGGCAUCAUCGACCCCGGCAGCGGCGAGAAGUGCUCGGUGGCCGACGCCGUGGCCAAGGGCUUGGUGGACAAGAUGAUGGUGGACCGCAUCAACCUGGCGCAGAAGGCCUUCUACGGCUUCGAGGACCCGCGGACCAAGACCAAGAUGUCUGCGGCGCAGGCGCUGAAGAAGGGGUGGCUCUACUACGAGGCCGGGCAGCGCUUCCUGGAGGUGCAGUACCUGACGGGGGGACUGAUCGAGCCCGACGCCGCCGGGCGCGUCUCCCUGGACGAGGCGCUGCAGAAGGGCACCAUCGACGCCCGCACGGCCCAGAAGCUGCGCGACGUCCACACCUACUCCAAGUACCUCACCUGCCCCAAAACCAAACUCAAGAUCUCCUACAAGGACGCCAUGGAGCGCAGCAUGAUCGAGGACGGCACCGGGCUGCGCCUCCUCGAGGCCUCGGCGCACUCCACCAAAGGCUACUACAGCCCCUACAACGUCAGCGGCGCCGGAUCGGCCGCCGGAUCGCGCUCCGGUUCCCGCACCGGCUCCCGCUCGGGCUCGCGCCGCGGCAGCUUCGACGCCACCGCCUCCGGCUUCUCCAUGACCUUCUCCUCCUCUUCGUACUCGUCCUCCAGCUUCGGGCGCCGCUACGCGCCGGCGGUGAGCUGCGGGCGGGAGGCCGGCGGCGAGCGGGACGGACCGCGCGGGUCACCGUUGCGCGUGGCCUGAGCGCCGCCAUCGCCGCCAUCGCCGCUGCCGCCCCCCUGUUCCGCCCCGAACGCCGCUCCACCGCCGCCACCGCCACCGCCGCAGUGCCUCCACUCCGCCGCCGCCUCACCGCGCGCGGCGUUAUUUGUAUAUUGCGA